CUUGUUUCCCCCUUCUCUUCCACUCAAUCAUUCUUCCAUCUCAAACCUCACAAUUUUUUCCCUAUAUAAGCUUCACUAUCCUUCCCCAUUUAGUACCAUCUUCCAGCUAGCCAGCCCUAAAGCAAACCAACACUUAGCUUAAUUUCAGCCAUGGCAGCCACCAAAGCCAUAUUCAUUGUCUCCAGCCUUCUGCUAGCCACGCUGGCAGUGGCGUGCGGCGAGCCAUGCAAGCCGACGGAGCCGAAGCCUGAGACGAGGCCGAAGCCGACCACUCUGACCCACAAGGGGCCGCCGGUGGACCUUUACCACCACUGCCCGAGGAACGCGCUGAAGCUGGGGGUGUGCACCGACCUCCUCGGCGGGCUGAUCAACAUCGAGAUCGGUCACGCGCCGACCAGUCCGUGCUGCAGCUUUCUUGAAGGGCUUGCUGACAUGGAGGCCGCCGCCUGCCUGUGCACUGCCCUGAAGGCGAACGUUCUUGGGCUGAACCUGGCCGUGCCGGUUGCUCUCGGCGCCGUCGUCGGUGCCUGCCACAGGACCAUUCCUCCUGGCUUCAUCUGCCACUAAUUAAUCAAUUAAUUAUCUCAUCUCAUCUAUGAUUAUGCAUGAUUAUUGAUGGUUAUUGUAUUCUUGCAUUGAAAUGUUGUACCUUAAUAUUUUUAAUUUCUCUGUUGCUUUGAUUUUUUAGAAGCUUCAUUUUCAUUAUUAUUGACGUGUGAUGUUUGGGUUUGGCUGUUUGUGUUGUACUGUCCGCUCGUGAGUUAAAUUUAUUGUUAAGGAAGGCAUUAUUCCUUAAUACAAUUAACUCCUCAUAAUAAUCUUAAUUUUAUUGUUUCU